GGCAAAAAAUGAAAAUGCAUAGGUUUUGCUUCUGUGCAGUUCUUCUGCUGUGUCUUUUGGUCUCUAAGACAUCACAGGAAAAUGGAGUUAUUCGUGAAAGCUGUUUAAGAACUACAGAUACUAAAGUUCGUAUGCAACUUCUGGAAAGCUACUUCAUCCAGCGCAAGCCCUUGUACUCUGUGGAAGCUGUGAGAUUUCGCACAGUCAAGGGGCUCACAAUCUGCUCACAUCCCUCCUCGCGAUGGGCCAAAAAAGCUAUCAAGCACCUGAAUAAAAAGAAGAAACCUAAGUCAGGAUAAAACAGGUUGAUAUUUCAACCAAUACUACAUCAACUCAGACUCAACGCAAGAAACAGAGACCCAUGAAUGUUAAUGAUUUUAAAAUGCACUUUAUUGUAAGCUGUGAUGUUUAAAAAAAUACCU